UGACAAAGGAAACUCAGUCAGAUUUAAACCUUCACGAUUGCUCCAAAGGAAGAGAGCGUUAAGUUUUCAGAAGGAGUUCUCAUUUGAAGAUAAAGAAGAACUUGCAAACAGCACAAAAGAUAUUGAUGCUAAUCUCUUAGCAGUACUUCCAAAAGUUUCAGAAUUAAGAAAACUGUUUGAACCAAACAACCAAGAUUUUUUGGAAAUGAAAAGAAAAGAGAGAAUAGCUAGACGCUUAGAGGGAAUUGAAAAUGAUACACAACCUAUGCUUCUACAAAACUGUCCAGGAUCAGUCACACACCGUUUACUAGAGGAAGAUACACCAAGGUAUAUGCGUGCAACUGAUCCAUACAGUCCCCACUUAGGAAGAUCAAAUGAAGAGGAGGAAACUUCAGAUUCUUCUGUAGAAAAACAACCCAGAUCAUCCAGAUACCGAGCAGAAAUCACAGGAGGUAAUACAGAGCCCUUGUAUAGUACAGGAAACAUGGAUGUCCAGGAACUAGAGUCAAAAGCAGAAAGAAUAGCUAGGUACAAGGCAGAGAGGCGGCGCCAGCUGGCAGAAAAAUAUGGAUUAUCUCUUGAUUCUGAUUUGGAUUCUGACUACUCAUCCAGAUAUACGCGGGCAAGGAAAGAUCCCGACAGCGUGGAAAGAAAGGGAGUGAGAAGUGAAAGGCAAGAUGAUGAAAACAAAGAUUGUGGCUCCCUGUAUUUGUCCAGGACUGAGAUAAAGGAGUCAAAGAGUGUGAUUUCUGAAUCCAAAGAGUACUCCAGCCAUGAAAAAGAUGGUGUUCCAGAUGAAGAAGACCUCUCAAAUGAAAAGAGUGAUAGAAAAGCAGAUCAUGACAGUGCCAUUAGACAGGCUUCUGACCCUUCAGCAACUUUGGAUAGUUAUGUCUCCCUUUCACUUUCUGGACGAGAAUCUUCCUCCUGUAAUGAAGUGCCAAUAUCACCAAAGCAAACCCCCAGAGAGUCCCUUUCUUCACCAAAGCGGGCAGCCUCACCAAUCCAUUUGCAGAAUGACCAGCCCUUGCACAGUAACAUCAGGCAAAGGUCAAUUUUGAGUGCAGAAAUACCAACUGCUGAAGAUGAAGAAAAAUUGGAUGACCGAGCCAAACUAAGUGUAGCUGCAAAGAGGCUGCUUUUUAGAGAAAUGGAAAAAUCAUUCGAAAUGAAAAAUAUUCCUAAACCACCUGCAAGAAGUUCAGCAGUAGAGAGAAGGCUGCGGCGUUUGCAGGAUAGAUCACACACACAACCAAUUACCACUGAGGAAGUGGUCAUUGCCGCUACCUUGCAGGCAUCAGCACACCAAAAAAUUUUAGCUAAAGAGGAGAUAAGAGCAGCCAAAGAGGCAAUGGGGCAAGAUCAGUCUGAUGAACCAGAUUCUUCCACCUUAAGUUUGGCAGAAAAGAUGGCUUUGUUUAACAAACUGUCUCAACCAGUAUCCAGGGCCAUCUCCACAAGGAGUCGAGGAGAUAUUAGGCACAGGAGAAUGAAUGCUCGUUACCAGACUCAGCCAGUCACUCUUGGAGAAGUUGAGCAGGUGCAAAAUGAAAGUGGAAAAAUCACUCCCCUGUCAACUGCAGUUGCAACAUCAGUUUCAACAAUGGCAUCUGCCCUUUCUCCGCUGUAUGCUGGAGACCUGCACAUGAAGCCAGCUAGCGAUGGAAGUGUGAGCGCUGCUGCUAGAGCUGAUUUGAGAUUCCACUCUUCAGCAGAAAACUUGGACUCUUCAGGAAAACGCACACAGAAGUCAGAACAGUGGCAGCCCUCAGUGGAAGCACCAGAAAGCAACAGAGCAUCAAAGAAGCAUGAAGAAGAGAGAAAGAGGUUUCUAGCACAUGAAGCUAAUGAAAUUACAAAGUACAGCUCCUUUGAGGAUGAAACCACACAUCCCGUUCCUGAAAAAACAGGAGACUACCAUAAAGAGACAGCCUACAGCUUCCUGAGGAAGGGCAGCAUGGAACUGUUUAGCUCACAAGCACUUUUUCAGCCUCUUGAACAGAAGGAAAUUGAUACUCGCAUGCAAGGUAAAUGGGAAGUCAAAGAAGGCCAGUCCUUUGAAGAAAAGAUGGAUUUGGAAAGUGUUAUGAAAAGCAAGACUUUGCAAAGAGGUGCUGACCAUGCUGAACCUACUUCUGAACUCACCAGCAUAUCAGGAAUGAGGACAGUUUCGCAAACUGCAGCUGCGGCAUCCUGUAGACUCCAGGAGCUCUCUGACCAAUUGGAAGGCAAAUUUAAUAAGAAUUCCUGUGAGAUGUUUUCCGUUGGAGAGAACAAAGCACAAACUGAGGAUGUCCUUGAUAAUUCCAGCAAAACGAUGUCAAUUAAGGAAAGGUUGGCAUUGCUGAAGAAGAGUGGUGAAGAAGAUUGGAAGAGCAGGCUAGGCAAAAAGCAGGAGUACGCAAAAGUGUCUGUCACUGAUCGUAGUGCGCAGAUGCAAGAAGUUGAGCAGCUGUUGAAGAAGAGAAUGGCAGAUAACCAGGAGAGUCAGAUGACCAUUGAAGAAAGGAAACACCUGAUUACAGCUCGAGAAGAAGCCUGGAAGUCCAAGGGUAAAGGAGCAGCCAAUGACUCAACGCAGUUCACUGUAGCUGGCCGAAUGGUAAAAAAAGGCCUGGCUUCUCCAAGUGCACUAACACCAGUAGCGUCCCCUUUCAGUAACCGGCAGAAGUCUACCACUCCAGUUACGAAACCCUUGGAAGAAAUUGAAGCCAGGCCUGAUAUGCAAUUGGAAUCGGAUAUGAAGCUUGACAAGUUGGAGUCAUUCUUGGGAAGGCUGAAUAACAAAGUUGCCGGGAUGCAAGAGACAGUGCUGACAGUUACAGGAAAAUCUGUGAAAGAGGUGAUGAAGCUGGAUGAUGAUGAAACGUUUUCCAAAUUUUAUCGCCAUGUGGAUUUCCCUUCCUCCUCAGUGCCUUUGGACCUUGAUGAGGACUUUGAUGCCAUCUUUGAUCCUUAUGCACCAAAGUUAAUAUCUUCUGUAGCAGAGCACAAACGUGCAGUUAGGCCUACACGCAGAGUCCAGUCCUCAAGAAACCCCCUGAAAAUGCUGGCAGCAAGAGAAGACAUUCUUCAUGAAUAUACUGAACAAAGACUGAAUGUUGCCUUCAUGGAGUCAAAGCGAAUGAAAGUAGAAAAAAUGUCUACAAACUCAAAUUUCUCAGAAGUAGCACUUGCUGGCUUGGCAAGCAAAGAGAACUUCAGCAACGUUAGCCUGCGGAGUGUUAAUCUAACAGAGCAAAACUCUAACAACAGUGCUGUGCCAUACAAGAAGCUAAUGCUGCUGCAAAUUAAAGGAAGAAGACAUGUUCAAACAAGAUUAGUUGAACCAAGGGCCUCGUCACUGAACAGUGGAGACUGUUUCCUGUUGUUAACUCCACAUUUCUGUUUCUUAUGGGUAGGAGAGUUUGCAAAUGUCAUAGAAAAAGCAAAGGCUUCAGAACUUGCAACUUUAAUUCAGACAAAGAGGGAACUUGGCUGUAGAGCUUCUUAUAUACAGACUAUAGAAGAAGGAAUAAAUACCCAUACCCAUGCAGCCAAAGACUUCUGGAAACUCCUUGGUGGACAGACAAAUUACCAGUCUGCUGGUAGUCCUGAUGAAGAUGAAAUGUAUGAAGCUGCAAUAAUAGAAACAAAUUGCAUUUACCGCCUUGUAGAGGAUAAACUCAUUCCUGAGGAUGACUACUGGGGAAAGGUGCCAAAAUGUACCCUGCUACAACCAAAAGAGGUGCUGGUGUUUGAUUUUGGCAGUGAAGUAUACGUAUGGCAUGGAAAGGAAGUUACUUUAGCACAAAGAAAAGUGGCAUUCCAGCUGGCAAAACACUUGUGGAAUGGCACCUUUGACUACUCCAAUUGUGACAUAAAUCCUCUGGACCCAGGGGAAUGCAAUCCCCUCAUACCCAGAAAGGGACAAGGACGCCCAGACUGGGCUGUGUUUGGCAGACUCACAGAACAUAAUGAGACCAUACUGUUCAAAGAAAAAUUCCUUGAUUGGACAGAGCUGAAGAAACUCAAUGAGAAGAACUCUAGUGAAUCCCUUCACCAGAAGGAAGAAUCCAGAUCUGACUCUAAACCAUACGAUGUCAUGCUAAUGGUAGCUGUGCCCCAAACGACUGUAGGCACAGUCUUGGAUGGAAUGAAUAUUGGCCGGGGCUAUGGACUUGUAGAAGGAGAAGAUGGGAGGCAGUUUGAAAUUAUCACUGCAUCUGUGGAUGUCUGGCACAUCCUGGAAUUCGAUUAUAGUAGACUGCCUAAGCAAAGCAUAGGGCAGUUCCAUGAGGGAGACACAUACGUUGUGAAGUGGAAGUACAUGGUGAGCACUACAGUUGGAAGCAGGCAAAAAGGAGAGCAACAAGUAAGAGCUGUUGGAAAAGAGAAAUGCGUGUAUUUCUUUUGGCAAGGAAGGCACUCCACAGUGAGUGAGAAAGGGACAUCGGCGCUGAUGACAGUGGAACUUGAUGAAGAGAGAGGAGCACAGGUACAAGUGCUUCAAGGGAAAGAACCGCCAUGCUUCCUGCAGUGCUUCCAAGGAGGGAUGAUUGUGCAUGCUGGAAGAAGGGAAGAGGAAGAAGAAAAUGCACAAAGUGACUGGAGGCUAUAUUGCGUGCGAGGAGAAGUUCCCAAUGAAGGAAACUUACUUGAAGUAGCAUGUCACUGCAGCAGCCUGCGUUCCCGGACAUCCAUGAUUGUCCUCAAUAUAAAUAAAGCUCUUAUCUACCUGUGGCAUGGCUGCAAAGCACAAUCUCACACCAAGGAUGUAGGAAGAACAGCAGCCAAUAAAAUAAAAGAACAAUGUCCGCUGGAGGCAGGGCUGCACAGCAGCAGCAAGGUGACGAUACAUGAAUGUGAUGAAGGGUCAGAGCCCUUGGGAUUCUGGGACGCAUUAGGAAGGAGAGAUCGAAAGGCCUAUGAUUGCAUGUUGCAAGAUCCUGGAAAGUUUAAUUUCACCCCCCGCCUGUUCAGCCUCAGUAGUUCAUCAGGAGAAUUCUCAGCCACCGAGUAUGUUUACCCUUCAAGAGACCCUGCUGUCAUCAAUUCCAUGCCAUUCUUGCAAGAGGAUCUUUACACUGCCCCACAGCCAGCACUGUUCCUUGUUGACAAUCACCAUGAAGUGUACCUGUGGCAAGGCUGGUGGCCUGUGGAAAACAAAAUUGCUGGAUCAGCUCGAAUCAGGUGGGCUACAGACAGAAAAUGCGCCAUGGAGACAGUGCUCCGGUACUGCAAAGGAAAAAAUGUAAAGAAGCCCCCAAAAUCCUAUCUAAUUCAUGCUGGCCUAGAGCCUCUGACCUUCACUAAUAUGUUCCCAAGUUGGGAACACAGGGAAGACAUUGCAGAGAUCACAGAAAUGGAUGCUGAUGUUUCUAAUCAGAUAAUCCUUGUAGAGGACGUGCUGGCCAAGCUGUGUAAAACGGUGUAUCCACUAGCAGAUCUCUUAGCUAGGCCUCUACCGGAGGGAGUUGAUCCACUGAAGCUUGAAAUUUAUCUUUCAGAUGAGGACUUUGAGGUUGCAUUAGAGAUGACGAGAGAAGAGUACAACGCGCUGCCAUCUUGGAAACAGGUUAAUCUGAAGAAGGCAAAAGGACUUUUCUAAGUUGUGUUUAUUGGAGUGAGCACUAAAGGGAUGUCUGUUUUCACUUUCUAUGCCCUUUAGAAGAAUUGUACCCCACAUUUACAGAAUAAAUAGAAAUAAUCUGAAGUUAUUAGUGACUACCUAUCUGGAGGUGUGUAAUAUUAUAAAAGGCCAAGAGAACUCUUUGGAAAUGGAAUUCAGUUUUGACUCUUAAAGGUAAAGUGUUUAAGCUCUGCUCUCCUAUGCACUUAAACAGUAGUUUCUUGAGCUACUGCUGCAGGUGUCCUUUGGCUAUAUACAAUACUUGCCAUUUUUGUUUUUGAAGAAGUUCUCUUUGUAAAGUGUUAUUUUGUUAGUUUGUGGAUUACAAAGAAAUUAUAUUUAUAUAAACACAUAGAACAAGUAUGUAUUUAACAAUGCAAUAUAUAUUCACUUUCAAGACUUUCAUGUCAAAACUACAGAAAAGUAGCUGGAUGGCAGUUGCUUGUACUGAAUUAGCUAUACCACCAAUAUGUAUCUCCUACGCAUUCUGAAAAGUUUCUCUUUGCAAUAGUUAAUGAAUUGUUCUCAGUGCUGCUUCAGGUGCUAAACUGAACAAAAAGCAUUUGUAUUUAUAGCAUGGAUUUCUUGAGAAACUAUGCGAAUCAACCUUUAUACUUUAUUAUCCAAAAAUGUAUAGUGCCUUGUUUUUUGUGUACAGUUUCUAUACAAAAAAAGAAGAUUGGUCUGCAUUUUGAAGAUGGCUUAGGAUGGUCUCCUAUGUUACUUUUAUAAUAGUAGAAAUAAAAACAUCUCAGUUUCUAAUACUUGUUGUAAACAUUAAACAUGUCUUUUGUGAUAUAAGAACUGAAAGUAAAAGCUUCUGAAUAAACUCUUAGCGAUGC